AUGGAUCAUUUAGUAGCACUUAAAAUAUAAGAUACUUAUCAAAAAUACAGAAUCCUACAAAAACUGGGUGAUGGAGGCUAAGGUGAUGUUUACUUGGCUCAAGAUCUUGAGGAUCCUAAUCUAAAAGUAGUUGCGUUAAAGUAACAAAAGUUAGAUGAUAUGCUGGGAACUAUAAAAACUUCAAUAAUCAAGUAGCACUAAUGUCUAUAGUGCCAAUUAUGCAAUCUCUGCAACUACUGCCAACAAUGCAAUUAAUGCGCGCAUCAACCUCAAUCUGUAUUAGACGCUAAACAAUUUGAAGAGGCAUCAAAUGAUGCUAAAUAAAUUUUGUCAAAGGAACUUCUUCGCCUACUAAGAGAAAUCUCAUCAAUUCAGCUAAAGCAUCUGAAUAUAGUCGACAUCUAUGACUCAUUUCUCUCAACAGAUAACAAAUUCAUCAUUAUAAGUGAAUUAGCACAACAAGACUUGAAGAAGUUUGUAGAUACUCGAUUCAAACAAAAUAAUAAACUAACAGUUGAAGAAAUUACAAUGAUUCUUAUUCAAGUACUUAAUGGGCUUGAGUAUAUUCAUAAUGAGAACUUCAUCCACAGAGACAUAUCUCCUUAAAAUAUCCUAGUUUUCAAAGAUUAAACUAUCAAAAUUUGUGAUUUUGGAUUCGCAUCUUAUGGUGAAUAAACCAAUGCAAAUGUUGGAAAAUAAGAAUACAUGGCUCCAGAGGUUAACAAUGGAAACUAAAACUAUAACAAGUCAAUUGAUAUAUGGUCUCUUGGAAUAAUGCUUUACUAUCUUUGUACUGGAUCAACAAACUACUAGGGCAAAUCAGUAAAUAAUCUUGCAAGAGAGCAGAAGCGUAUUUACCUGCCAUAGGAACACUAAUAAUUUCAGAAAAUAUUUGAUUCAAUGAUAAGGAUUAAUCCUUCAAAUAGACCAACAGCCACUCAUCUUAAAGAUGAAUUUAUGACAUUUAUAGACUAAAGCCAUAUCACCUUUUAAAAAUAUUAAACAUCACUUUUGACUCAUUUGACAAUCUAAUAAUAAAUUAAACUUCAGAAGCAAUAAGAAAGCUUUUAAAAGCAAAUUCUAAGAAAUUUUGAUUAAGAACUGAUUAAGAAAGAUUAAGAUUUACAAGUGGCAUUGAUGUUCAAACUAGGAGAGAAAUAUUUGACUUAUUAUUCUGGUUUAGGUGAAGGUAGAAUUAUUACAUGA